GCACACAUCGUCGAACGCGAACUCGACGCCACCACCUCCCACGUUCACGAGGUGGAGAAGCAGCUCGGAAUCGCGCUCGCCAUCGGCGCACGAGAAGUGUCCUCUCUCAAGCGCGAACUCGCUCAAGCCAAGCACGAGCUUGCCACUUCCGCUCUUUCAGCACCUCCCGCUCCCUCCACCGACGCCGAUACGGAGAUGUUCCUCGCUGCCCUCGAGCAGGAGCGCCGACGGGCCGACCACCACAUGACCCGCGCCGACCGCGCCGAGCUCUCGCUACACAACCUCUCCCGCAAGACCGACAUGCGUGACUCGGAGCUCGAGGAGGCGCUCUCGAACCUCGAAGCGACGCAGUCCGCGCUGAACGCGGAGCGCAAGCUCAGCAGCCAGUAUCUCGAUACGGCAUGGAAGUACCACGCGGCGCACGAGGAAGCCGAUUCGAGCCUCGCGCAGCACAAGGAGAAGGUCUCUCAUCUCUCCGAUGUAGUUGUCGAUGUCAAGUUCGCGUCUGCGAAGCUCCGGGCACGAUGCGAGCUUCUCGAGGACGUUUUGGUUGGGUACGACGGUGCGAGUGAAGAGCUGGCGAGGCGAGAGGCGAUGGAGGCGGAGGCGGCUAAGCUUCGACGAUGUUCCUCAUCGAUCACGACGGCAAAGUCACCGCGGAUCAUGACGCGAUCCACAUUGCUGGCCAGUCGGAGUUCAGCAUGCCAUCGGGCAAAGAUCCUCUCCCCAGUUUCGUGCAGCACACCUCCGCCGAUUCGGUUAAAGAGACACUUUCCUCGCUCGCGAGCUUCGCAUCCUCAACAAGCUCGAUGUCAAUCAUGAGCAGCGGAUCGUUCGUCAACCUCCUCGACCUGUUCCCCAUGCCGCCUACGAACUGCCCCAGAAUCCCCAACGCUGGCCGCCGACCCGCGAAGCGCUCCGAGCUCAUCGAUUCCGACGACUCCGAUUCUGAGUCCUGCUACUCGGCUGGCGGUGACGAGGACGAGGAUGGCGGUGUGGACAGCGAUGAAAGCUUCGAGGCGGGCAGCAUCAGUGAUGACGAGUCGUGUUGUUCGACGGCGAGCACCGCUACUGCCACCUCUGCCUGGACAUCGGCUUCGACGACCACCUCCGGGGCGAGUUCGAUGACGUCUGCAGGACCCGAAGACGAAGAGUGCGACGUGAGGUCUGCCUCCUGCCCCUCCUCUUCCAAGUCCGGCUGUUCCUUGUCAACGACGGAGGAGCGCGGCGACGCGCAUGUACACUCGGGCUCCCCAAUUGGGCAAUAUGUGGAGGGCAUCGAGAGCGGCUGCUGUUGAUGGACCACAUCGUUGUCAUUGUCUCUUGUCUUUCGGGUUUAUUAUCAUUAUUUUUAUCUAUCUAUUUUCCUGGGCAUUGUUUGUGUUUGGUAGUCGACAGUAGUGCAAUACACAGUCUGUCAUUUGCC